UUUAAGGGGGGAGGUGUGGAGCUGCUCGGACUCUCGUUGUUUAGCCGUACCUCUCCGCCGGGAACGGUCGAAAUACUUUCUAGGAUUGAUUUAAACGCCGUUCUUUUGUGCAAAAAAAAUAAAUAUAUGUAUAAUACUGGAGGAUAUUUCGUAUUCGGAUAUUGUGUUAGAGCGAGUUGAACAACUUUAGGACAGUUUUCUGAAGUGGGGAGACUGAAUUUCAUCGCAAGCGAAGCCUUUUGGGAUAAAGGGACUGCUGGAAACUGCUGCAUAGCCUACGCUCUCGUAGUUUCUUCGGACGUGUUUAGCCAGUUGAACUUUCCCCCCCGUCUUCUGUCGGAAAGUUUGUUUAACACAAGAAGAAGGGGCGAAAAAUAUGCGCAAACCUGUUAGCUAAACGUCGAGCUUCGUUAGCGGGACCGCACAUUAAAAGUCUGGAUAAACCGUUUUCAGUGAAGUUUUCCUCCAUCCAAUCUCAGCUCAUGAGUCUUCCUUAUCUCACCGAGGCUGGCUGUUUCACGGCUCCCCGCCAGUAAGCUGUGGACUGUGGAUGCACUGCUGCUGAUGUCCCAAACACCUGAAUGGAGUUCCCGUCGCACAAAAGCCAACAGUCGUAGCUCCGUCAGCAGGAUGCUGAUGAGGCCAAGUAUACUUCUGUUUCUGGCUUUAUUUGCUCAAGUUUUAAGGACCCAGUGCCGGCCUGCCAACGCUGAUGAAGUAUCUGUGGAAACGCAAGCCGAGCUGUACACCCUUUCCAUUGGGGAUCGUCUCGAUCUCAGUUGCUGUGCCAAGGACUACCUCCAUGCUGUCAACUGGACCAAAGACCAUGUAGCUGUAGUGGAUGGAGAACAUACACGUAUCCGCAAUGGCCAGCUGGAGAUCGAGUCUGUGGAGCUUACUGACUCUGGCCUGUACACAUGCACUACCUUUGGCAACCACAGCAUCUUCUUCAACGUGACGGUUCAUAUCUCGGCUUCAUCUGAGGAUGAUGACGAUGGUGAGGAGUCGUCAUCGGAGGAAAACAAACUGCUGGGCAGUCAAAAGCUGAUGCCAAUGGCUCCACAAUGGGCUCAUCCAGAAAAAAUGGAAAAGAAGCUUCAUGCCGUUCCAGCCAGCAAAACUGUAAAGUUUAAAUGCCAGGCCAGUGGCAACCCAACUCCGACUUUGAAAUGGUACAAAAAUGGGAAGGAGUUCAAAAGGGACCAUCGUAUUGGAGGGUUCAAGGUCCGUGACCAUAUGUGGACCAUCAUCAUGGAAUCUGUAGUGCCCUCUGACAAGGGAAACUAUACCUGUGUGGUGGAAAACAAGUAUGGCAGCAUUAAUCACACCUAUCAGCUAGAUGUAGUCGAGCGCUCUCCACACAGGCCCAUCCUGCAGGCUGGCCUGCCAGCUAAUCGCACUGUAGUAGUAGGAAGUGAUGUGGAGUUUGAGUGCAAGGUGUUCAGCGACCCUCAGCCCCACAUUCAGUGGUUAAAGCACAUCGAGGUCAAUGGGAACCGUACUGGUCCAGAUGGGUUACCUUACGUUCGCGUCCUCAAGCAUUCUGGGGUCAAUAGCUCGGACGCUCAAGUGCUGACCCUCUACAAUGUGACAGAGGAGGAGAGCGGAGAGUAUAUAUGUAAAGUGUCCAAUUAUAUAGGAGAGGUCAGUCAGUCGGCCUGGCUGACUGUCAUCAGAUAUGAACCCACAGCACCCCCACACUACUCUCCAGCCAGCCACACCUACCUGGAGGUGGUCAUCUACUGUGUGGGCUUCUUUUUCAUAGCCAUUAUGAUUGCAAUUGCAAUUAUUGUCAAGAUUCGCACCACCUCCUCAAAGAAGAGUGACUUCAACAGUCAGCUAGCCGUCCACAAGCUGGCCAAAAGCAUCCCUCUGCGCAGACAGGUAACAGUGUCUGUGGACUCAAGUUCUUCCAUCCACUCUGGAGUGAUGCUAGUCCGUCCCUCCCGCCUCUCUUCUAGUGGUUCUCCGAUGUUGUCUGGAGUGUCCGAGUGUGAGCUGCCGCAAGAUCCUCGCUGGGAGCUUCCUCGGGACAGACUUGUUCUUGGGAAGCCACUGGGAGAAGGAUGCUUUGGCCAGGUGGUGAUGGGGGAAGCGGUUGGUCUGGACAAAGAAAAGCCAAACCGUGUUACCAAGGUUGCAGUCAAAAUGUUGAAAGCUGAUGCAACAGAGAAAGACCUGUCAGACCUCAUUUCAGAGAUGGAGAUGAUGAAGAUCAUUGGGAAGCACAAGAACAUCAUUAAUCUGCUGGGAGCCUGCACACAGGAUGGUCCUCUAUAUGUGAUAGUUGAAUAUGCAUCCAAGGGCAACUUGCGAGAGUAUCUACGAGCUCGCCGCCCGCCGGGUAUGGAGUACUGCUCCAACCCUGACCAAGUUCCUGUGGAGAAUGUGUCUAUCAAAGAUCUGGUGUCCUUCGCUUACCAAGUGGCCCGGGGCAUGGAGUAUUUGGCCUCCAAAAAGUGCAUCCACAGAGACCUUGCAGCUCGCAAUGUUUUGGUAACGGAUGACAAUGUGAUGAAAAUAGCUGACUUUGGCCUAGCAAGAGAUAUCCACCACAUUGACUAUUAUAAGAAGACCACCAAUGGUCGUUUGCCAGUGAAGUGGAUGGCUCCAGAGGCUCUGUUUGACCGGAUAUACACACACCAAAGUGAUGUCUGGUCAUUUGGGGUGCUGCUUUGGGAGAUCUUCACGCUAGGAGGCUCUCCAUAUCCUGGCGUUCCAGUGGAAGAGCUGUUCAAGCUGCUGAAGGAAGGUCACCGUAUGGACAAGCCUUCAACAUGUACACAUGAGCUGUAUAUGAUGAUGAGGGAUUGCUGGCAUGCUGUGCCUUCUCAGAGACCCACAUUCAAACAGCUAGUAGAGGACCUGGAUCGUGCUCUAGCCAUGACAUCCAACCAGGAGUAUUUGGAGCUUUCAGUACCUUUGGACCAAUAUUCACCCAGCUACCCGGAUACCCGGAGCUCCACCUGCUCGUCCGGAGAGGACUCGGUUUUCUCGCAUGAUGCCGGAGCAGAGGAGCCAUGCCUGCCCAAGUUCCCUCCUCACUCCAAUGGGGCAGCCAUCAAGAAACGCUGAUACCUCCUGUUCUUUCAGACCAACACUGACACUUUCUCCACUCCCUGCCUCACGGGGUUGGACUCUCCCCAUAUUCCCAGAGAUGAAGCUAAAAAGAAAAAAAAAAAAUAUAUAUAUAUAUAUAUUUUUUUUUUUUUUAAACCCACUGGUGCUUUGCGGAGAGGGAGCUCGGAGACACCUUGUUGAGCUUGCUUGGAGCACAUGAACUGCAGAUUGCAGCCAUUUCCCACUUCUUGUUGGUGGCUGUGUUCAUGAGCACUUUGUAUUACCGGGACUGGCUCACAGCACCAGAAAAGAGACUGACUUUUCUCAUCACUCUGGGCAUUCCAAAGUCGGGCAGGAGGAUCGAAGGGACCGAUUAUGUUGGGGUUUUAUAUGUUUGGGUUUAUUUGUUCGUCAAUGUGUGUUUGAUCAGAGGUGAAGGGCGGCACUCUGCUUUUCAGACCAAAUCAGAGAAGAUACUACAGAGAGAUGUGCAGCACCGUGGUCCACUGCACCACUCAUUAUCAUCUUGUACAUACAGUUAGGAAUUUAUGAAUACAAAUAUAUAUUUACACUGUAUUCUUAUUUUUAUUACCAUAAUUGACGUACUUUAUUUUGUACAAGGAUGCUUCUGCUUGAUCCAUUUUUGACCUUAGUCUUUAGGGGCAGUUGUUCCAUGAGGGUAUUUUAAAAAUUGAUAACGAUUACAUGGCCAUUUUUCUUGCUCACUGUGUCACAGCUUUGAGUUAACCCCCCCAGUAUAUUGGAUGUCCUUCCAGCAGAAAAGUGUGUGUGUGUGUGUGUGUGAGUCUGAGUCUGUGUGGAAAUGGUCUUUUCAUUUAACUUCAAGGAUGGUCACAACUGUAAAUAUUUCUGGUUGUAUGCCAUGCUUGUUAAUAUCCAGAACAAUUUGCUUCAGUCAUGGACUCCCACCGUGCGUACCUUCUCAUGUGAUGAACUUGUUUCCUACUGUAAAUGCUUUAACAGGGGUUACAUUUGCUGCCAUAUAACUUCUGACAAAAGGGUUACAGAACACGUAUGUCAUCAUAAAAAAGGAUUACAUUAAAUAAAAAUGCUGUUGAUAAACAAACUA